AUGGCCCACGAAGAAGCCAGACACAAGUACAAAGAAGUGGUGCUCGAGAUCCACGAUAGGAUUGGAGUCGUCAAGUUGAACCGCCCGAAAGCUCUGAAUUCCUUCGGGGGUAGGAUGUUGAUUGAUCUAGCCGCUGCGCUCAGAGAAUUGGACAAUCACCCUGACACUAUUUUUACCGUUAUAUCUGGGGAAGGGAGAUUCUUCUCCGCUGGUGCAGAUGUGAAAGCCACGCCCAAAAGCUCUGCCGCCAAAGACGCAAGCUUUGUGGAUAGGAAGAUCUCUUUCUUGGAAACGAAAGUUGUCAAUCUCGAAAUCAUGCGAUCACUUAUUGAUCACCACAAGGUCCUAGUGUUGGCACUGAAUGGACCAGCGCUUGGUGGAGGUGCAACAUGGAUGCCGGGUGUUGCUGACCUUGUAUUCGCGGCAGAAAAUGCUUGGUUUGAAUCACCCUUUAGCCGACUGGGCCUUGUACCUGAGUUCGGCUCUGCGACCACUCUUGCACACCAUAUUGGCGUUCAUAGAUCCAAUCAAUUCUUGAUGUUUGGAAAGAGAACGACGGCAGAAACAAUGAUGCAACAUGGAUUGGUGAACAAACUCUUUCCGUCAGAGGAUUUCCUUCCUCGUGUUGUGCGAUUCCUCGAGGAGCAGCUAUCUAUCAACGAUGGUGGUAGUCUCUUGGAAGCCAAGCGAUUACAAAAUCUGCCUCUUAGAAAGGAUAGGGUUCUGGCGGUCUUUGAUUCUCUAAACGCACUCAGUGAGAGGGUGGCAGAGGGUCUGUAUGAGAAACGAUUCCAGGACCAAAGUCGAAAGAUGGCUCACCAAUCCCUGUCGCAAGCCUACAAAUAUAUCAAGCUCGAUAGAAAGGGCCAGGUUUUUGUCAUUACUCUGGACCACGGAGCCGAAAAUAAGCUGAACCUGGAGUUUUGUCGAGAGAUUAUCGGGGCAUUCCACACUAUACAGGCCACCCUUGGCCCCGAUUUCGAAGGCGCUGUCAUCACACGUGGUAACAACCCGAAGUUCUUCUGUACUGGAGUGGAUCUAGAUUGUGCAAGGGAGAACCCCUUUAUGGAACCAGAUGGCUUCUUCCCCAUGCUUCACACGAUUUUAGACUUUCCUUACCCUACGAUCGCAUGUAUCACUGGACACACCUUUGGCGGCGCGUGUCUAUUUGCCCUGGCCCACGACUACAGAAUCAUGAACGCAGACCGGGGAUACUUCUCCAUGGUACCUGUCAAUUUGGGCCUACACUGGGACGGCAUAGGAGCCUUACCCAAGGCUAAGUUGUUGCCUCAGGUCGCUCGGAAGCUUCUCCUCGAGGCAUACCGAUUUACUGGAAAGGAGGCACUUGUGGACGGCGUGGUGGAUGCUAUAGCACCAUCCACGGAGAUGGAUGCACUUGCGGAGGAAUAUGCCAAUCGAUGGAAGUCGAAAGCAAAGAUGAAUGUGUACGGGGUCCUGCGAGGAGAGCUUGUUGGUGAACCGUUGCAAAAAUUGAAAAUGAUAAGUUUUGUGCACGGUCAGCGAGUGUCUCGCCCUAUACCAGGGGUUAAGCUCUAG